AGUACUUGUUCCUUCCUUAUGAUAACACUGACAACCUCGGGGAUAUCAAGUCCAUUGAGCCGAGUUAUAGCGUCACACGCACCCACUUCGCCGUCGCUGUCUUAUGAAUGCAACACGUCUACUGAAGACGAGGCCUCUCCUGUUUCUGAAGUGGCAGUGAAGGUCUCAUCUGCUGCAUCAACAGACUCCAAUGUGAUGAUAUUCUGGCUGAACAACGAUAAGAAGAUCCUUCCUAGCGGGGCUAAGGGAAUGACUUUCGACAGCAAAGAAGGUUCAUCCCAAUCACCACUGGCUUUGAGCCUAUUCAAGAUUGAAGGUGUCGAAAGAGUGGUUCUCACCCACCACAAUGUGGCAGUGUCCAAAGUCUCCUCAAUUGACUGGUGCUUUGUCAAGCCCAAGGUGGAGUCGGUCCUUUCUAAUUUCUUCGCAGUACCUGGUCUCCAAUCGGUUUAUCGAUCUGCCUUGCAAUUCGAGACGGAGGUAGAAGAAGCUGAGAAGGCUAAACUGAUGGAGCGCAUCGCUGAGGUGCUGGACGAUCGAAUUAGGCCAGUGCUUCAAGAUGAUGGUGGCGAUGUUGAUGUAGCUGACUUUGACGAGGAAACCGGAGUGCUGAGCGUCCGACUGAAGGGGGCCUGUGCUGGGUGUCCGAUGUCGAGCGUUACUCUGCGCUUCAGAAUAGAGAAUAUGCUUGUACAGAGCGUCCCUGAAGUGAAGAAGGUCAUCAACAUUGCUUCUACCGAUGUUAGUCAGAACCCUAAAGAGAUGGAAUUUUGAAGCACGUGGUUGCAGUUCUAAAAUUGAACUCUUCCGACAGUGGCACCGGUCAUUAUUGUAGUCAUUUCCUUGAUAUAGUCUCAUUAGCACUUCACUGGCCCGACUUAGCUUUUUCGGCAUGUGGGUCAAUCAGCUCGUGUUAGUUCUCUGCGUAGACCGGUGCAGAGCUCGAUAGUACUCAGCACAUUGACAACUGUAUAAUAAUGAGUUCACGCUUGCCUUUCCAGGGCGA